AUGGCGACCAGUCCGGCACCACCCCCACCACCUGGCAAGAAAGUCGCUCUGAUGCCUGCAGAGUCGGAACUUGUUGCCUUUGACCACAGUGCUGCUGGACAUCAAGGAAUCAGUUCCAACGCAUCGGGUUCCCUAAUAAUCAAACCAUGCAUCCAAGCCGAGAUCGAUUUCUACGAGUCCGCCAAAGCUCAUCCUCUCUUCCAGGCGCACAUGCCGACCUUCAUCGGGUCGCUGUCGCAGCAUGACGGCGACCAGGGCGAUGCGGACGGCUCGAUGACCUCGCCAAUCUCCGCCGCGAUCAAUGCCACGCUGACGACGGCGACGACGACCAUGCCCGCUCCAGGCCUGAGCAAGCGCAUGUCGUGGAAACCCUCUGGCGGCAAGAAACUCUCGACCGGGUUGGCGAUCGUGCUCGAAAACGUCGCUGCCGGCUUCAAACACCCCAACGUACUGGACGUCAAGCUCGGCGCACGCCUCUGGGCCGACGACGCCCCGCGCUCCAAACGGCAGAAACUCGACGAGGUUGCGAAGCGUACCACGACAGGGAGUCUGGGGCUCCGCGUGGCGGGCAUGAAGAUCCGACUCGAAGGGCAGACAGAGACAAGCAAUAGCAAUAGCAUGGCAACGACGACGACGGCAGCACCACCACCACAACAAGAAGUACGAGAAGCAAGAGAAGAUCCAGCGCACGUCGUGAUCAAGAACGGAUACAAGUCGUACACCAAAUUCUAUGGACAGUCCUUCGACCAGCACACGGUCGUCGACGCCUUCACGACGUACCUAGGCGGAGUGUACCACGAUCCCCAGUCAGGCAAGAAAAGGCUCCGGCGCAAACACGCCCCCGAGAUCGCCAGGCGCCUCAUCCGCGAAUUAGAGAGUAUACAGUACGUGCUCGAGAACGAGGAGAGCCGAAUGUACAGCGCGAGCGUAUUGAUGGUGUAUGAGGGUGACGAGGAGGCCAUCGAGGUUGCCCUUGAAGAAGAGCUUAAAGAUGAGGCGGAGGAGCAGCACCAGCACCAGCACCAGCACCAAGGAACAACCACCGCCAACGACCUCAACCAUGACAUUGAAAAGCCCGGCGCCAACGCUGUAGAUGUGGUCGUCAGUGGAGGUGAUGGUGGUGGUGGUGGUGGUGGUGGUGGCGGUGGUGGUGGUGACGACGAUAACGACAUUGGCAUUGAUGACGACGACGAGGACGACGACGACGACGACGAAGUACCUCCAAAAGUCCACGAGGUCAGACUGAUUGAUUUCGCACAUGCAUCGUGGACGCCGGGCCAGGGUCCAGACGAAAACGCGCUCAUGGGAGUCAGGAAUAUCUUGCGAAUUUUACGGGACCUGGUGGACUAG